GGCAGGCAAGCUAGCACGUUUCCUACGGUUGCGCGUGCUCACGACCGCUGCGGGUUCACUCACUGCACGAUGGCGGAGGGAGGCGGACCCGAGUCGGGUAACGCUUCAGACCCUGAUGCGGAGCCGGUUCUAUCCCAAACCCCCUUACCUUCUGUCGACAGCCAAAAACAGACCAUCGGAGCACUACUAAAAACUACACUCCGAAAGGGAGACGAAUGGUUUUUGAUUGACAGCCGAUGGUUCAAACAGUGGAAAAAAUAUGUGGGCUUUGAUAGUUGGGAUAUGUACAAUGUUGGAGAACGCAAUUUAUAUCCAGGACCCAUUGACAACUCUGGACUUUUUUCAGACCAGGAAAGCCAAUUGCUGAAAGAACAUCUUAUAGAUGAGUUAGAUUAUGUUCUGGUGCCCACAGAAGCAUGGAAUAAACUCGUCAGCUGGUAUGGCUGUCUAGAGGGUCAACGACCCAUUGUGAGGAAGGUGGUUGAGCAUGGCAUGUUUGUGAAGCACUGUAAAGUGGAGGUCUACCUGUUGGAGCUAAACCUCUGUGAAAAUGAUAACAUGGACAAUGUGGUUACCUGCCAUUUCAGCAAAGCCGAUACCAUUGAUACCAUUGAGAAGGAGAUGAGGUCUCUCUUUGAUAUCCCAUCAGAAAAGGAGACGCGAUUGUGGAACAAAUACAUGAGCAACACUUAUGAGCAGCUAAACAAGCCUGACAGCACUGUUCAAGAUGCCGGCCUUUUCCAGGGCCAGGUGCUUGUAAUUGAGAGGAAGAAUGAAGACGGCACAUGGCCUAGACAAACCUCCCAUCCUAAGUCCAGUACUGCCACCUCUAGGACUUUCACUACAUCCCCGAAGCUCUCCUCCAAUUCAUCUGCCACCAUUUCUUCCACAGUGACCAAUGGAGACAACAGUAGCAACUCUAGUUACAUGCUGAACAACAGCACCUCUACCGGUAGCAGAUUGGGAGGCUAUAGCUCGUACAGCUCAUCCUAUGGCUACAGAGAGUCUGCCUCACAGCCUGGCCUCUGUGGCCUCAGUAAUCUGGGAAACACUUGCUUCAUGAACUCUGCACUCCAGUGCCUGAGUAAUUCAACCCCGCUGACAGAAUAUUUUCUGGAGGACCAGUAUGAGGCAGAGAUCAACCGGGAGAAUCCAUUAGGGAUGCGGGGGGAGAUAGCCGAGGCCUAUGCAGAUUUGGUGAAGCAGAUGUGGCUUAGCCGGAGCAGCUACAUAGCCCCACGUACUUUCAAAACACAGGUUGGCCGCUUUGCUCCACAGUUCUCAGGGUACCAGCAGCAGGACUCUCAGGAGCUGCUGGCCUUCUUGCUAGACGGCCUACACGAGGACCUGAACCGUGUGAAGAAGAAGCCUUACUUGGCCCUGAGGGAUGCUGAGGGCCGGCCAGAUGAGAUUGUAGCCAAGGAAGCAUGGACAAACCAUCGGCUACGUAAUGAUUCCAUCAUUGUGGACAUCUUUCACGGCCUGUUCAAGUCUACGCUGGUGUGCCCAGAAUGCUCCAAAGUGUCCGUCACCUUUGACCCCUUCUGCUACCUCACGUUGCCCCUGCCCAUGAAGAAGGACCGAACCAUGGAGGUUGUCCUGGUCCGCAUGAACCCCCAGUCUAAACCCAUGCAGUUUCGUGUGGUCGUCCCUAAACUGGGAGCAGUGGCAGACCUCUGCAGUGCUUUGGCCAAACUCUCUGGAGUUCCUGUGGACAAUAUGAUUGUGGCUGAUGUUUACAAUCACAGAUUUCAUAAAAUCUAUAGAAAGGAUGAUGGUCUUAACCAGAUUAUGGAAAAAGAUGACAUCUUUGUCUACGAGGUGUUUGAGGAGGACAGCGAGCAGAUGAACCUGCCCGUAUACUUCAGAGAGAGGCAUGUGAAGCACGGGGGAGGCUCAUCGGGUACCGUGCUGUUCGGGCAGCCGCUCCUCAUCUCCGUCCCCCGUCACAACCUGACUAUGGGUGCACUGUACGAACGCGUGCUGGAGAGAAUCGGGCGCUACGUGAAGCGUUCACAGGGUGCCAUGAUGGACAGCCGAGCGUCUGCCUCAGCCACAUCUUCCAACAGCAGCCACUCAGUGGACUGUGGAGCACUAACCCUUUCCAAUCACAGCACAGGGCUGAGUGGUUGCAGCAGCCCCAUGUCGGAUGCGGCUUCCUGCAGUGCCGGCUCAACCAAUGGCAGCAGCCACUCCGACACCUGCAAUGGCCCGAAUGGGGUGUGCGACGGUGAAGACGAGGCCAUGGACCACCAGGUGAGCCCCGAUCCAGAGAGCAGUCAGUCGGAGACUGUGGAUGGGGAGGAAGAGGGCUCCGAGCCUGAGAACGGACCCGUUGGCCGUGGCAAGGCAUGUUCUUCCUGCCCCAAACUCUUCUCUUUCAGCAUGGUCAACUCCUACGGCACGGCCAACAUCAGUUCCUUACCAUGUGAUGGAAGCAUCCUCAAACUCACACCACAUUCCACAAUAGCUAUUGACUGGGACUCGGACACAAAACGACUUUGCUACGAUGACCAGGAAGCAGAGGCCUAUGAGAAGCAUGAGAGCAUGAUGCAGGCCCAGAAGAAGAAGGCUACAGUGGCUCUGAGGGAAUGCAUUGAGCUCUUUACCACUAUGGAGACCCUGGGAGAGCACGACCCUUGGUACUGCCCCACAUGUAAGAAACACCAACAGGCCACUAAGAAGUUUGACCUGUGGUCUCUGCCCCGCAUUCUGGUAGUGCAUCUGAAACGUUUCUCCUACAACCGCUGCUGGAGAGACAAACUGGACACAGUGGUGGACUUCCCCAUCAGGGAUUUGAAUAUGUCCGAGUUUGUCUGUGACCCUAAAGCUAGUCCCUAUGUCUAUGACCUUGUUGCUGUCUCCAACCACUACGGAGGAAUGGGAGGUGGUCACUACACUGCAUAUGCUAAGAAUAAGUCUGAUGGAAAAUGGUAUUACUUUGAUGACAGCAGUGUGUCACCUGCCUCUGAAGAUCAGAUAGUGACCAAGGCAGCCUAUGUGUUGUUCUACCAGCGACGAGACGGAGAGGGGCCAUCUCGGCCCACUGCCUCCGCCUCACUCGGAGGAGCCCCCGAUUCCAUGGACGACCACAUGGACACCAACUGAGGCAUGUUAGUCUUUAGGCACUGAAAUAAAAAAUCUCCAUGAACGAUUGAACUGACAAUGCACAUCCCAGGCUUUUCUGUGAUUUUUGCAAGAGUCAGAAGUCCUGUUUUUUCUGCUUGAUUAUAAGUUCCUCCACAAUAUACAUGUUGUUACCAAGAGCCAAGAAGUAUAAAAAAUGAACAACAAAAAUAGAAAAUUUGAGUUUGAAGUGUGAUGUGAGAUUUUCUCUAUGGGCCUUGCUACCUGCUGAGGUCCGUUUCUUAGUUGAAGAAGAGGAAAAGGACGAUGUGGGAAAUCAGCCUCUCAAUGCACAUGAAGAUGGUUAAACGUUGCCUACAACAUUGUGAUGCAGGCAAAUAAUGUGUAACCCAGUGGAAAAGGGGACAACAAAAGAAGCCAAAUGAAUAGUUGUAUCAACCAAAGUUGCAUAUGUGUUGAUGGCAUCUUCAGUUUUCAGGAUGGGGGGGGAAAAAUUGCAUAUCUAUACAGAAAUUGUGAGAAAUGUAUGCAAAACUAAGGUGUUUGAUGAAUUUCCUGCUUUAUCUCUCUACAUUUAACCAGUGUUCCCUGAAAGCAUUUUAUGUGCCUCCUGUGAGGAAUAGCUUCUUCUCAGAAAAAAAUAUUUGCUUUGUAAAAACCCCAUUCUAAAAAGGAGACUUUCCUUUAUUGACUAAACAUCAACUCUGAUGCUAUGUCCACACACGUGGCCGUCAAGUAGUGUGACAUUUUGGCAAGAAAUCUUUUACAUGUACUUCACUUUAAGGCUUUAUUCUUAAGGCCUGGGGUAGACAGUAUAAAUUAAACUAUAAAAUGUAUGUGGUGAGGAUGAUUACACUGCUGAUCUUUAAUAUUGUGCUGCUCUCUCUGAUUUGUUAGCACUAGCGGCCUUUCUGCCCCAAGAACUGUUAAAACGGGGGCUUGUGUGAGUGGGUUUAGUUUUAAAUGUGGUACACAUACAUGUCUUGCUUGUCAAAAAGGCUCUGAGAUUUAACAAAUGGCAUUUCCUUAGUUGAGACAUUUUCAAUGUUAAAAGCUUCUGAAUCUUCAUUUGGCAUAUUUUCAGUGGAUAUUUGUUUAGGCAGUUGCGCAUCUCUUCAAAGGGCCAAUGGAGAGGUGUAUCGAGCCACUGCUCGAAAGUGGUGCUAAAUUUACAAGACUUGAAAAAGGCUGCAGUGCUUGGCAUGGGUGAAAACUCCUACUCUCAAACCCUGGGGCAGAUGCUGUACAGCAGCAUCCUUACAGUCACUGAAUACUUUGCCCUAACUGCUACCCUGUGGUGAAUUUGCCAUUUUUAUUGGUUGUGGCAUUACUUUGCUUGUCACCUGACUCAAUGCAAAGUUCUUACAGAUGUAAACAUGCUUUAUAUUUGGAGGAUGUCAGUACUACAGCCCACCCUCCCAUGUUAUAAAUUUUACCAAAACAGUGAGUAUCCAUCAUCUAUCUUGUGCUUUCCUGUGGAAUAUCAGCAUGCAGACAGCUUUAAAAAUCUGCAAAAUGGAAAACUUGUUUAGACAAGGUUUUUGCUUCUUCUGUCGAGCUGGGAUAAGUACUUGCUUGAUAUCCUGCUAUAAAAAAUGACAUGGAACCUAGAAUUAUGACAUACUGGCCAAUGUACUUUUUUACUUGCCACGUUAUUAAAAAUCAUAUCCAUUUUUAAAAAAAGUACAUUUUCAGUGAUGUUGCAUAGAUGUAAAUAGUCAUGUACUAUCUGCAAAAUAGGAUACAUAACUUCUUUGUGUUCUGAUAUUUAUCAUGGCAAUAUGUGCAACCCCAGAUUUUGAAACAUCAUUUAAAUCAAAAAGACAAUAAAGAGUUAAAGCCUGAUUGGGGGUCAUUCACUUGUUUGAUAAUUUCAAUUUGGCAUGUGGAAAAGAGUGAAUGAUGCAAUAAAGACAGGUUACACUGUUACAUUC